UGUGCUCGAUAUAUUUCGAAAAACUGAUGGAUGCUCAUUUGUGUGGUGUGAAUACUAUUAGCAAGGCAGGAUGGUAUCAACUGGAUGUUUCACAGCAUGUGUUGUUGGUAGCCCUCUGAGAUAAAAACAACAACAAUUAUAUGUAUAUACAUAGAAAUACAUUACAAUUCAAAGCGAGGGUUCAUUUGUGUGCUGGUAUUAUUAUUGUGAUUGCUGAAUUGCUGAAUUGUGCGCAUUUCGCACCAUGUGUCACUUCUGUCACUGUUGCAUGUAAAGAUAUUGUUUUCUACAAUGGAAUGAAAAUGCAAGAGUGAUGGCUGUUUCAUUUGUGGUGUAAAUUUGCAUUGCACAGUGCAAACCGAGUAUUAUGAAACAUGAAGCACUGCGGCUCCAACUCUGAAAUUUGUGCUGGAUAUUUGAUGUCAGCUUAUCUCUGAAUUAAUACUAAUACAAAGCAGGGAAAAUUUAACAUUUCACUCAAAUUGUUGCUGGUUGUUUGCAAAAUUGAUUGUACUUCAUUUGGGGACUGAUAUUUGACAGGACAUAGCUCAGUGUGUGUUGUUUCUGGACCACCAUCUCACUGCGUAUACAAACCAACAUCCACUGAAUUGUGUGCUGGUUGUUAGAAUGAGGUGUCUGUCCAGGACAGCGUGCUUGAACCUUAAUUGGAUAUAAGCACAAAAAUAAGAUAAAGAAAAGGUUGUUAGAAAAUGGAUUAAUGAAAUGGAAGGAUUGUGGAUUUGAAAACACUAUUAUGGUAACAGCAUUUUUUUAUAGAUGAAUUACAUAAAGAUGAAGAAACCUUAUACGAAGGAUGGGAAUGCUUUAGAGAUACACGUUGCCAGAAGCUAUGUGUCAAAGCUAUAAUUUGUUUUACAUUCUGUGUCAUCUGGAGCCUGUAGAUUUUUACACUUUUUGUGAUACAACAUCAGUGUCUAAAAAAAACAUAUUCUCUGACAUUUAUUGUGGAUCAGUUUUAGACAUUUCAAGAAGAGCAUUGUGGCUAGCGGCUACUGUGUGACAUUAUUGGAGUAUAUUCUGCUACUUUAGGAGCUGUAAUUAAGUCGUAUACCUUUGUUUCACACACAAAAAAUCUUGGAGUGACAUUCAUUUACCAAUUCAUUCAUUAUUUGGAAGCCAUCUUUUUAUUGUUUGUUUUGUCGAAAAACAAACAUUUCAGUAACUUCUUAUUGUCAUUUAUAAGUUCUUUCCACAAAAAAACACAACUUCUAUAUGUUUCUAUGUUUCUACCUUCUGAAACAACAUACAAUUAAAUUCUUCUUGGUUUUAUGUACAUAACCCCCAAAAACUCCUAAACUCAAGAUACAUUAUUUAUGACAUUUUGUUUUCAUAUUUCCUUAGUCAGCUAUAACUUCUAAGCAUUUCAUUUUUUUCAAGUCAUUCUUGACUAAUUACAACUUGUUUUUAGACCAAGAAGUAACAGUCAUAUAUCUUACAUAUGUUAAUGUUUAAACCAUAACAGUUAAUAAAUGGAACACUGACCCAUACAAAAACAUAGUAAGCAGUAAUUGUACAUUGUUUCAUAGGCCCAUUUAAAUCUAUAAUAAGCAAUAACCAUAGUUAAUACAAGGAGCAUUGGCAUCUUUGAAUCCAUAGUAAGUAAUAUCCUUAAGUGAUAACAUUCGUCCAUUUGAAUCUAUAAUAAGCAAUAACCAUAACUCAUACAUGGAUCCUGGAAAGCAAUAUAUGACUGCCUAUUGCAUGCAAGAAGUCAAACAUUGAUUUGUUUCUAUCCAUAAAAAACAAUAGCACAUGAAGCAUAUUUUAUAUCUGUUUCUAUUCUGCAAAGCAAUACAGAACUGCCUGCUACAUGAUUUCAUAGCUGAUUUUAUCCCAGAAGUAGCAAAUGAUCAUUGUUUAGUUUUUUUAUCUAUAAACAGCAAUAACCAGCACUUGGAUCACAUUAUGUGUACGUUUGUAUGAUGAAAAGCAAUAUAGGACUGCUUAUCAAGAAACUGUGAAGAUGAUGUCAUAGUUUUUAUCAUUCCAAGAAACACCAAAUGGGAUAUAACAGUGUUGCUAAUUACAGCACACAGAGAGAGUUGGCCAAACCUUGUUGUCAUCUCAGGAAAUUGAAAUUCAUUAUUUGAUACUUGUGGCCAUGCAAAAAAUCAACAAAUGAUACAUUUCUUGGAUUCUUCAAUAGUUUUUGUGAGACGCUACAAGCUUGACCACUACUGAUUGUCAUAAUAUGGAGCAACAGAUUUGAUCUUACUCUGGAUUUCAUUCCAAGAAACAACAUUGAUCCAUUUGUAUUUUUAGGAAACAUUAGACGUAACCCCCUUACUUGGAUCAAUGUGACUUGGCUACUUCUUGCUCUGAUAUAAAAAAAGUAACAAGUAUAAUUUUAUAGCUGUGUUCCUUACUGAAAACCAGUCAAACAAACGACCACCUGACUCUCUUACGUGGUUCCUUUUUAACAUAAUGUGACACUGACUAUUUGUUCUGAUAUCAAAAAGACAUGACAUGAUUUUUCACAACAGACAUGAUUUUUCAUAGCUGUUAUCAUUACUGACAACCAAACAAAUGAACUGCCAAUCUAUCUGUGUCUGUAGGAAGCAGUAACAAUUGUGACCUGGAAAAAAAGUAACAGACAUGAUUUUUCAUAGCUGUUAUCAUUACUAAAAAACUAAACAAAUUAACCACCAAUCUGUCUGUUGGAAGCAUUAAAAAGUGACCUGUACCUUAACCUGCCUUUAGAAGCAACACACAUGAUUGCUUAAAAUUACUUAAAUGAUCUGGCAACUGAUGAACAAGAUAUGGCAAUCUGCCUCUUUGACACAAAUGAGCCACCAAUCUGUCUAUAGGAAGUAGUAAAAAUUGUGACCUGUACCUUAACCUGCCUUUAGAAGCAACACAUAUAAUUGCUUAAAUGCCAAGGAAAAAUCACUUAAAUGAUCUGGAAACUGAUGGACAAGUUAUGGCAAUCUGCCUCUUUGACCAGACCAGUGACCGACUCCCAGAUGUAUUCCCGCGUUAGCGACACUGACGAGGAUUUGUCUCCCCUUGAGACAGUGGAGUGCGAGCGAUGCGAGAGUCACACUCCAUUGCUGAGGUCACGGCGGGGUCAGGACGUCCUGACUUGUCCUCAUGUGAAUUCUCUUAAAGGUGUGAGACGGUCCAGUCUGUCCUCAACAUGGAGUCGGGACUCAGCUCUGUCCCACAGACGGCUCAACCCGAUCUCGUCUCUGAGCAUCGAGAACAUGUCGGUGGAGCCACGCGUCCCCGCCCUCCGCAGUCCCGGCCUGCUCAGCACCGCCUCCAUGUGGAACACCAGCGACCUCACGCUGACCCCAGCCAAAAAGCACCAUGACUUCGAAACACUAUCAUGCCUGACGAACUCAAACUCUCUGUCGAAUGUGAGCAGUACUCUGAGUGAACGCAUGCAUGAACUUGUGCGAGCCUUCUCGAGCCGAACACAGCGCACCAAGGAACGCACCUGUCAACCCCCCUCACCCACGUCACUCUCCAGCUACGAUGGCAAGUCAGCUGUAUCUGCAAGUGAUUUUCCCCAGCCAACACGGCAAAUCCGCCUCGGUUCGUUUGUUCCCAUGGAGUCGAGCAUGAGUGAGGCGAUGUCGGAGGUCAGUGCGACCAAGGAGCAGCUAGUCGGGGUGUGGCACUGCCGACUACGUCUGCCCAAAUGUUGUCACAAACUACGCUUCCCAAACACAAUGGAGUCACACAGUAAGGUGUAUGUAGCAUGGCUGUUCAUCGUUGUCAUUGCCUUCAUGUACAAUGCCUGGGUUAUCCCCCUUCGUGGAAUCUUUCCCUACCAGUCGGAACAGAAUGUGUAUUACUGGCUCAUCUUCGACUAUAGCUGCGACCUCAUCUACAUCAUUGAUAUUGUGGUUUUCAAGAUUAGGAUUCGAUUCAUCAAUGAUGGCAUUGUUGAGCUUGACAGACGAAAGACUAGGAAACACUACAUGAUGAAAGGGAUAUUCAAGAUGGACAUGCUCUCCUUGAUGCCGUUGGAUUUAUUCUACUUCCUAACUGGAGUGAAUCCAUGGUUACGACUGCCACGUCUCCUCAAGAUCCAGACGUUUUGGGAGUUCUAUGAGAAAUGUGACCAAGCUGCAAAAUCAUCUGCUUACGCCAUACGGAUCAUCAAGACGAUCACGUACAUGCUGUUCCUAAUCCACGUUGAGACGUGCGGCUACUAUGCUAUGUCCGUGUACGAGGGCAUCAACACCAACCCCUGGGUCUACAACGGCAAGGGGAACGCGUACAUUCGUUGUUUUUACUUGGCAACAAAAACAGCCACAUCCAUUGGCAACAAUCCAAAACCAACCAAUCUAACUGAGUAUCUGUUUAUGACCUUGUAUUGGUUAUCCGGAGUCUUUGUCUUCGCUCUUCUCAUUGGUCAGGUGCGUAACAUCGUUGAGUCGGCAGGCCUGGUGAAGACGCGAUACCGACAGCAGGUGGAUGCUGUGAUGAGAUACAUGGAUUCGAUCGACGUUCCGAAGGCCAUGCACAACAGAGUCCGACACUGGUUCAUGUACAACUGGGAACAACAUUCAAUGACAGAUGAGAAGACACUGCUUGAUUCGUUACCAAAGAAACUGCAGACGGAUCUGGCAAUAAGUGUCCACUUCAACACACUGAGUAAAGUGCAGCUCUUCCAGGACUGUGACAAGAACUUGUUGUAUGAUCUGGUGUUAAAACUGAGACCUGUCCUCUAUCUGCCUCAUGACUAUAUCUGUGAAAAGGGAGAAGUGGGUAAAGAGAUGUACAUAGUCAGCGAAGGUCAAGUGGAGGUAGUGGGUGGCGAGGAUGGCGAGACGAUUCUAGCAACACUUCAUGAGGGCAGCGUGUUUGGAGAAAUCAGUUUGUUGGCGAUGUCGGGUGGAAAUCGCAGAACUGCGAAUGUUCGGUGUAAAGGAUAUGUAAAUCUUUUCACUCUGUCGAAGGCCGACUUUGAGGAGGCUAUGCGGGAGUACCCAGAGGCACAGAAACUAUUGAGAAAAAGAGCAAAGAAACUUUUGAAAGAAAAUGCCAGACUGGAAAGGAAGAGUAAAAAGAUUGAGACUGAGGAAAUCAUCAAAACUCCAUCAACAAAAUCACAGACUCCCAAAAUGAUCAAAGCAGUUAUACAGGUGCUGAACCCCCAGUCUGAGAUAAUGAAACACCUGGAGCCGAACCGGUCUGUGAGUCUCAAGUCGAGUCGGUCAAUCGCCUCCAAUGCCAAGUCAUACAGCUCCAACAUCAAGAUCAGCAUCGUCAACAAGUCAGACGACCCACAGCACAGUAUAGGCUCACCCAGAUACAGCGCCGAUGACUUGGGGUCUCAGCUGAGUCUGUCUGACAUCCCAGACGACGAUGCUGACUGUUUCAGUCUGUCUGAGGAUGAUGAGGAGUUGCUGGUGAUAGAGAAGAUGAACCCAUCAUCGUCGUCAUCGUCAGAGGAGGAGACUCUGCCUGACGAUGUGCCAACGUCACCGAGGUCCGUCAAAGAGGACAACAUUGACAAGGACAAUGUUGACAAGAACAAUGUUGACAAGAACAAUGUUGACAAGAACAACAGUCUGGAGAGUCAAGAUUCGGGCAUUCCAAGCAUGAAACAAAGUAGAAGCACAGAGUUCAGUAACCAGGACAGUAGAGAGAAUUUCAACAAUGGCGGCCUUCUCACUGGCAUCCACAAGGAAAACAAGAACACGAAAUGUGACCAGAGUGAAGAAAAUGCAAAUAUUCCACCACAAAGUUUAAAUGAAGAAAUGGCUGUACCUCUAGAUCCUACAAAAGAAACAAGUCCAGAUAACUCCUCUGUUGACAAAGAAAGCAGGACAGAUAAAUCUGUUGACAAAGAAACCAGGAUGGAUAACUCUGUCAGUAAUAACUCCACUGUCAAAAAAGAAACAGGGACAGAUAACUCCAUUAUUAAAAAAGAAACAAUUACAGAUAACUCAACACUGAACAAAGAAGCAAGGACGGACAAUGCUGUUAUGAACAAAGAAAAAGGGGCAGACAACUCCACUAACAACUUGCUAGAUCAGCCUGCAGUUCUCCGCCCUGUAAGCAGGAGCAGUAGCAGAUCUGGACUACACAAUCAAAGUGACGGAAAUACUUCACAACAAUCGAGAAGCAAUUCUGUGAAAGAUAAAAAUACAAAAGAAUUGGAACAGAAAAAUUCUGAGGUAAAUAAAGAAAGCAAAGAUUCUAAAACAAGGACAUCAGAUUCUACCAACGAGUCAAAACCUAAAAAAGACAAACCUGAAAUUCCCCCAAAACCAAAACGGUCAUCAAAAGAUGAAAACAAAAAUUCUCUAUCAAAAACGGAUUUCUCAAAUAACUCUGGUGUUGAGGAGCAUAAUGUUAUUGAAUACUGUGCCGAUGUGGAAAUGAUAACCACAGCUCAGAUGGGAAUGAAGAGAAAGGUGUCCGAUCGACGACCGAACCCAGUAGUACUGGACAGGAAUAUCAUACACAUGGCUCACCUUGUCAAUGAAUCGGAGAUCCCCCAACAAAACCAAGUGAUUACAUCGGUCGAGAUUCACAGAGAAAAGACUCUGUCGCCUGCGUCUAUAUUCUCACUGUCCGAGCAGACGGGACGGCCCGAGUCAAGGGAACUGACGAGGCAGAAGAGUAAUUCUUCUUACGAGACACAGUUGUGAGGAAUGUAUAGACUAUUAGAACCAAUAAAAAAAGAUGAAAAAUGAGAAAUAUACAGACAGAAUAUGUGUGCAGACAAAAAUGAGAAUGUUUGAGAUCAUACAGACAUGAGAAUGUGUAUAGAGUGAAAUGAGAAAAUGUACAGAAGGAAAUGAGAAUGUGUCUAGACAGAAAUGAGAUGUGUACAGACAGAAAUAAGAAAAUGUACAAACAGAAAUGAGAAUGUGUACAGACAGAAAUGAGAAUGUGUACACACAUAAAUUAGAAUGUGUACGACAGAAAUGAGAAUGUGUACACACAUAAAUUAGAAUGUGUACAGACAGAAAUGAGAAUGUGUACAGACAUAAAUGAAAUUUGUACAGACAGAAAUGAGAAUGUGUACAGACAGAAAUGAGAAUGUUUACAGAUGAAAUAAAAAUGUGUAGGCAGAAAAAAGAAACUUUAGACAGAAAUGAGAAUGUAUGACAGACACGAGAAUGUGUACAGAGAGAAAUAAAAAUAUGUUCAGAAAUGAGAAUGUGUACAAACAGAAAUGAGAAUGUGUACAGACAGAAAUGAGACAGAAAUGAGAAUGUGUACAGACAGAAAUGAAACAGAAAUGAGAAUGCGUACAAACAGAAAUGAGAAUGUGUACAGACAGAAAUGAGAAUGUGUCAAACAGAAAUGAGACAGAAAUGAGAAUGUGUAUGAACAGAAAUGAGAAUGUGUACAGACAGAAAUGAGAAUGUGUACAGACAGAAAUGAGACCGAAAUGAGAAUGUGUACAGACAGAAAUGAGAAUGAGUACAGACAGAAAUGAGAAUGUGUACAGACAUAAAUGAAAUUUGUACAGACAGAAAUGAGAAUGUGUACAGACAGAAAUGAGAAUGUUUACAGAUGAAAUAAAAAUGUGUAGGCAGAAAAAAGAAACUUUAGACAGAAAUGAGAAUGUAUGACAGACACGAGAAUGUGUACAGAGAGAAAUAAAAAUAUGUUCAGAAAUGAGAAUGUGUACAAACAGAAAUGAGAAUGUGUACAGACAGAAAUGAGACAGAAAUGAGAAUGUGUACAGACAGAAAUGAAACAGAAAUGAGAAUGCGUACAAACAGAAAUGAGAAUGUGUACAGACAGAAAUGAGAAUGUGUCAAACAGAAAUGAGACAGAAAUGAGAAUGUGUAUGAACAGAAAUGAGAAUGUGUACAGACAGAAAUGAGAAUGUGUACAGACAGAAAUGAGACCGAAAUGAGAAUGUGUACAGACAGAAAUGAGAAUGAGUACAGACAGAAAUGAGAAUGUGUACAGACAGAAAUAAGAAUGUACAGACAGAAAUAAGAAUGUACAGACAGAAAUGAGUAUAUGUCAAGUCAUGAGCAAUUUGUACAAGGUAAUUACGUGGUGUGAGAAAUGUACAGACAGAAAAAAAAGUACACUGUGAUGCCAAAACAUUAAUAUUACAAGAAAUGGCUGUGAGAAAUGUGAACAGAGGUGAAAAUAAUAUACUACACCAACUGUUCUACGGCAAAUGUGAUGGGAGUAGUUGCAGUACAAAGUGGAUUUCCACAAGACACAGCAGAAUGUACAGUGCUGCAGUUAUUAAACUGAUACUUGAGACAAAACUGUCACAAACAAAAUACUUAUAAUAACAUGUAUAUUAUUCUACAACAACAAGGUAUUGUCCAACAACUUGGAGAAAGUUCACAUAUAAAGAACAAUGUGGAUUAGGUUUUUUAAUUAUUGUUACAAUUUGAUGACUUGCAUUUGUGUAUACUAUUCCUGAAAUGAUGGAUUAUCUAACAAAACAGCUUCAUUUGUGUGGAAAUAUUUGUUUAAAAUGUUAAAAUAAAUUUUUUAAAUAGUGCAAA